UAAUGAAAUCAAGUUCUCUCCUCUGAGAAUUGCAGUCGUUAACAAAACAAUCACCUUAGGAGCAUUGUUUAUAUUGUAUAAACUUUGUAAUAUUCUCACUGUCCUUGUCAUACUCCUUCUUUUUUACCCAAUAAUGGUUAAGAAACUCUUUUAGAACAAUAUGGUCCUGAGUGCUUUUCCUUGGAAAACUAUUAAUAAGCUGAAGGAGAAGAGGGAGAUGUAAGUGGAGGAAGGAAGGAAUACCACUGUAGAAAAUGUUCUGCUCCUAGCCAGUCCUGGGGGAAGAGGAAUCAAAAUGUGUUAUUAAUUGAUGAAAGAGUUAAGUAAGGAUAAAACUUAUGCAACAGAGGAAAGUAAAGUGAAUUUCUGAGAAAGGAAAUUCAAACCAUGAUAGUUUGUUCAUUUCAUUUCAUUAUAAUAACAUUUAUCACAAGCCUCCUGAGUAUGCCAGGUGCUGAGCUAAGCACACAGAAAAUGGGAGUAAACAAGGUAACUGAAAUUCAGCUCUCAUGGAGCCUACAUGAUGGUGGAAAAGCAGACUGUAUUCUAACUGGACAGCUACUAACACAGAGAGAAGGAGCAGAGGCUGAUCAUGUUGCUUCCUAUGGCGUAAAUGUCUACCAGUCUUAUGGUCCCUCUGGCCAGUACACCCAUGAAUUUGAUGGUGAUGAGGAAUUCUACGUGGACUUGGAGAAGAAGGAAACUGUCUGGCAGCUGCCUGUGUUUAGUACAUUUGGAAGUUUUGACCCACAAGGUGCACUGAGAAACUUGGCAAUAGGAAAGCAAACCUUGAACAUCCUAAUUAAACGCUCCAACUAUACCGCUGCUACCAAUGAGGUUCCUGAGGUGACCCUGUUUCUAAAGUCUCCUGUGAUGCUGGGUCAGCCCAACACCCUCAUCUGUCUUGUGGACAACAUCUUUCCUCCUGUGAUCAAUGUCACGUGGUUGAAGAACAGGCACUCAGUCACAGAAGGUGUUUCUGAAACCAGAUUCCUUGCCAAGAAGGAUCAUUCCUUCCUAAAGUUCAGUUACCUCACCUUCCUCCCUUCUGCUGAUGAUAUUUAUGACUGCAAGGUGGAGCACUGGGGCCUGGAUGAACCACUUCUGAAACACUGGGAACCUGAAAUUCCAGCCCCUAUGUCAGAGCUGACAGAGACCGUGGUCUGUGCCCUGGGGUUGGCUGUGGGCCUUGUGGGCAUUGUGGUGGGCACUGUCUUCAUUGUCCAAGGCCUGCGCUCAAGUGGUACUUCCAGACAUCAAGGACCCUUAUGAGCCACACCCUAGGAAGGAAGUUGUUACCUACAGUGAGCUGUCUGGGAUAUUCCAUCCAGUUCCCUGAUUCUUUGUAACCCUGAUCCAUUAUUCCCAUGGAAAUAAUAAAUUUCCUUUUAUGAGA